AUGGCAGAUCCUGGCAUUCCGGUCGCAUCGAAUGGCACACACAUAAUUUGCAAAAGAUGCAACGUGGAGACAGCAACUCAGCUUAUACGAUCCGAGAAAGUUUGCUCGAAAUGCUUCUGUCAGUAUGUCACAACGAAAGCAAUCAAGCGGAUGGAAACAUAUCGCAUGAGAGGUUCCCAUAAAGUUGUUGCCAGAAAGCUCUUGCUUCCGCUUUCCUUUGGGCCAUGCUCCACAUCUCUUUUACAUAUCCUCGACGGACAUCUGCAAGGACAAUUCGACCGAAUGAAUCGAGCUGCGUAUGAACUCUUUGUCGUUCAUGUCGACCAAUAUGUGGAUGAGAAAGACCGAAAGAGCUCCGAGACUUUACUGGAAAAGUAUAAAACUCGAUUUCCAAGGCAUACAUAUAUCAGUAUUGGUCUAGAAGAAGCUCUGAACCUCGAAAGCAUAGAUUGGAAGUCGCUGAAUCUGCCAAAUCUCUCCGAGGAGGAUGCCGUAAAGCCAGCGACAGAGAGACUACAAAAGAUGAUUGGUUCCAUGCCAUCGCCUACCUCUAGGACGGACAUUCUCACAACAUUACUGAACCGACUCCUAGUGGACGUCGGCAAGAAGAAUGAAUGUGAAGGCAUGCUAUUCGGAGAGUCUACCACACGGCUUGCAGAAAAGACCCUCACCGAAACAGCUAAAGGUCGUGGUUUCUCCCUACCAUGGCAAGUCUCUGACGGGAACUCUCCAUAUGGUAUUGCAUUCAACUAUCCUCUACGAGAUCUGCUCAAGAAAGAACUCGUGACAUUUUCUUCUCUAGCAACGCCCUCUCUUGAGGAUCUUAUCAUUCUUCAAGAAUCAUCUGCAAACAUAUCUACUUCAUCUAAGGAUACUACCAUUGAUGAUCUUAUGGCGCAAUACUUCGAGUCGGUUGAGAAAGACUACCCCAGUAUUGUCGCAAAUGUUAUGAAACAACGGAUUGCGGUCUAUGUGGUCUCCCGGUUGAAGAGGGAACAGAUGGCAUCUACGGAUGGGGAGGAGACCAAAACUCGGUAUCACGGGUGGCAAGAGCAGUCGACCAAGAUAGUGUUCUAUGUUAUGGAUGCUCCAGAUCUAUCAACGGCUGAAGGGUAA